AUGGCGGCCUACUCGCAGGCUGCCAAUGUCACUGAAGAGAAUGUCAAAUUGCUCCAGGGCAUAUUGGAGGUCGAGCGUCACACAGCGCAGGAGCUUCUCAAGCUCAACAAUAACGAUGUAAACGCCGCAGUGAAUCAAUACUUCAACAACCCGGGAGGCUCGGUGCAGGAUACCAAUGGAAACCAGAGCUGGGACGCUGCUUCUUGGGGUGCAGACAGGUACGGCCAACAGAACACAUCCAGCAGCAAUAUUCCCUCAUUCAACAUCGAGUAUGCACCAGGCGUUGAACAAUAUCCUCACAGUGUUCCCAAUAGCGGUGCGCCGAGCCGGCCUCCUUCACGAACCAGUCAUCGCUCCGCCGGGACAACGGCGGCUGAACGGGGCGACAGCCCGGUCCGCCAAAGUGUAGAGCAAGAGCAAGAAAUGGGGGUACUCAGAGGUAACUCUCCUGCGGUAUUCGGCCCGGCAAAUAGAGAUGUCUAUGAGGAAGACAAAUGGGCUAUGGUGCCCAUAUCUACGAUUACUGAACUGGUUCCAGAUGCACAGCCGGGGAAGCGGAAGAGGGAAGAGGGCGGUCCAACGAUUCUGAAGCCAUUGCCCAGCGAGGAUUACCUCCCAGCGAUGCUAACCAUUGCGCACUCGAUUCCGACAUUCCGAAAUUUCUUGCUUGCUCCGCAAAUUGAAGCCUCCAACUAUCUAGUAGGCACCGAUUGGUGGAAAGGAGGGGAGCCAUCAUCUCCCAUGCACGAGUCGAGCAUAGGAAUACCAGAAGAUCUCGAGCUCAUAUAUGAAGUUCAACGCCUCAUGGCCUUCUUGGAUGGCACGGACAGGGCGUAUGGUAGCGUUAAGCGCUUGGCGCGGUUAUCUGCCGUGGAACAUGCGUCGAUGGAAGGGGAUUCCGUGAAUGAAGAGAUGGGACCAAUGCAUCGAUUCCUGCUCAGUUGGGCACGAGCCUACGAGAACCAGACCCAUGAGAAUCUGACCGGGAAACUUAGAACCAAGGUUGUGAUCGGAAGUGAGGAGCAGGAUUUCUUCAAACUCGAUGCCCAUGUACCAGUAGGCGAUGAGGAUCAGCCACUUUACGAUGUUCUAGACAACGCGUUUAUUGGCGAUGAUGCGAACCACGCGCUUGCACUCAUUUCCAUACCAAGCGAGGUGCUGAUUCUGGAGAUGUUUAACAACAGCAACGGCACCACGGGGCUUCGUUGCAAACUACCUCGCAUCCUCUAUAUCGACCGUUACUUGGAGGAAAAUAGGAACGUCAUGGAAGAGCUGAUUAAGGAGACAAGAGAGCGCAGUAGCCAGCUCCGUGCCAUCGAAAGAGAGAUCGAAACGCGCAAAUGGUACAAGCUGAAGAAUGUGCGGCCUGGGGAAAAGGUGGAGACGCUGAAGCUGCUUGAAACAAGCAUGCAAGCCUUCCAACCUAGCGACGAGGGUGGUGUCGAAAGUUCCCCACAUGCUUCCAGAAACGCUACCGCACUCGAACAGUUGCGAGAAAUUUACAGCAAGAUCGAGAGUCAACUCAGGGAAUUGGAAGAGCAGAAGACCAAGAUCAGAGAGACUCUUGCUAGCACUCAAGCUCGCUUUAGGCCACCCUUUGACCGGGAAUCGCCCAAUAUCGACGCCAAAUCAAAACAAAACGACAGCCCUGUUGAGCCGUCACAGGAACAAGAAGAUAUUGUGAAGUCAGGCGAGACUAUGGACGUUGACAAAGCACAUGAACCCCCGGAAACAAUGGAUUUCACACAUUCCUAUCAACAACACCCUUACAGGUUCGUUGGAGCCUCCACGAAGCGUGGGGUGUAUUACCUUCAGCAGCGGGAUCUGCUCACCAAUGAGCUGUGCUGGUGGCGCAUCCAUUAUCUGAUAGCGAAUGACGGCGAAGUCGACAUCCUUCGCGAACGUGUGGCCAAUGUCGACUUCGUGCUUGACCGAAUCGAGUGUGAGAGCUCACAUGCUCUCUUGAUGUACGCCAAGGACACGGCCUUCGAGGAAUCCCCCCUGCCAUUAUCGCCGGCCCUCUACAACUUCGUGAAAGAUGACAAUGUGAAGUUCAAUGAAGAGUUGGCGAGGGAAAUGGGCUUUGGUGAGCAAGACUUCGGCCCCGUAGAACCCCUCGGCGGUUGGGCGGAGGAGCAGAGUUUUGCGCCCCUGCCCGACGACGAGUGGACCAAUACUGGCCAGGACCACGAGGACGCCAUACCGGAUGAGCCUCCUCCCUCGUACACCGAAAUCGAGCAGAUUACGGUGCCGCUGGAGCGUACAGGUGGUGUGUCGGGGCAGGGGAUCACGGUUGAAGUCAAGGGUCAGAGUGAGGCGCUUGCGGAUGGCGCCGAGGCCCCAGACACUGUGAGUUCCGGCACGCUGACACCGAAUACAGAGGUGGAUUCUGAAGAGGAAGACGAAGUCGUGCCGGCUGUCGAUCCUUCCAAGUUGGUUAAGGACCCCGAUGCGGAGAUGCAGGAUAUCAGGGACACGUAUCAGGGUCGCGGUAACCAGUGAAGGGGGAUGCGGACAGAAAUGGAUGAGGUGGGCACAUGUCCGUACAUUAUGCAGAUGUGCCAGUUUGGACACGAGAGUUUGUCAGGUGUGGUGCUGGAUCAGAGGGUGGGAAGCGUGGUGGCUGCAACGCAGAAAGUAUUGCUGGCUGACAGACCAGUUUCCAGUCCGGGCUUGGAUGCUGGGGACACGCUUACAAAGAACUUGCUUCAGUCAUUCUAAUGUAUAAAAUUAUCAUCAAUUCUCACCUGGAAU